AUGGUCACGUACAAUAUGGACGGUUCGCAGAGAAUGAGCCGCCCUCGGCGCGGUUCUAGUGUUUCAUCGGGCUUCCGACUCGUGGACGCGGAUCAGCUGGACGCGAGGUCCAGCAUAAGCCGAAACAGUAUCUAUAAGCUGAGGAUCGAUUCCAUGUUCGACGACACAAGGUCGAUCGUCAGCCAGCGGUUAGAUGAUCGCAGCUCGCACAACGGACGCCGCCGGUCGUCGUCGAUUGGCGGGCUGAGCCGGGGCAGCCUCGCCGGUGCCAUCAUAAACGACCGCGACAACCUGGACAUCAGCGCGGUGGCGAGCAGUUUGCGCGACUUUGGUGGGGCAGGUGGCGUCGCGGCGGGGAAAGGUGGUCCGGUGGUCGCGGGACCGGCGGCGGGGCCGACCGUAGGGACGGGUGCUGGACGGCAGGGCACCGCCGAUGGCCGGCACGAGAUCAGCAACAGCGUGCAGGCGCAGAUCGAGCGCAUGUUUACGGACGUCGCGAAGGAGCAUGGCACCUCGGCCAAUGUACAAAGCUUUAGCGUGCGCUGCCUGGGCUCGCUGCCGCUGAAGGAGAAGGUCACGAGCCUGGUCGGGCUGCAGGAGCCGCUGAGGCAGCUGUACUUGAGCGGCGCAGGACACGGGACGCAGACGGGAGGUUCGCUGGACAUCAGCCCGAUCGGGUUGCGGAUUCGGGCGGGCAGCGGCAAAGAGCCGUCGGUAACGCCGUUCCAAAACAUCGCCGUCUGGUCGGCGGUCAAGUUUGUGGUAUCGGGUGCGGAGGGCGGUGCUGCCUUCCUGCCGCUCAUUACCGAUCCGGAAAACAUCGAUAAGAGCUCCCUGUUCCGUCCGCUAAGCGCUGCGGACAAACGGCGACUCUCGUCCGGCAUCCAUUCGCCGCUGUUUGCGAUCGUGAUGCGUUCGACGCUCGUGCCACGCCAGCUCGAAUGCCACGGGUUCGUCUGCCAGACGCCGGAGGAUGCGAUCGUGAUCGCGGCGACGCUCUAUCAGAGUUUGAUGGCGCACAUGAGUGGAGGGGACAACCAACGACCCAAACGCCCGAAGAACCGGAACGGCGUUAGCUGCAUGAGCAUCGCCAGUAGCACCGUGACGACGAACACCCAUCAGCAGAGUGGCUCCACGAAGCUGUCCUCGCGUCGGUCGAGUGCCAGCCAACGCAGUAUGCUUCCGCCACCGCCGAGACCACCGCGCAUGAAGCGUAGCGCCACCAGUUCCCUCAGCGGCGAGAGUGACACCGUACCCGGACUGCACGAGGACGAGUCCUCGACCGAGGAACGCCGCAAGAAGAACCUCAAGAACAAACGACCCCCACCGAUUCCCCCGAAUCCACCACGGGCAAUUUCCAACCGACCGAUGCUGGACGAAAUCUACACCGACCGGAGCCACUCGACGGGCGAUGAGCAUGGGAUCGCGGCCAAGGAGGGCCCCUACCCGGCGCUCACGGACAACUCGACCGGCGACAUCCUGACGCGGGUAGCCAUCCCGCGGUCCGGCAGCUUCCUCAACACGGCCGGCCUGACACGGUACAAAUCGCGCGCCACCCGGCGCCACACGGGCAAGGUGGGCGGGGGCGGCGGGUCGCCGCUCGGGUUCAGCGAGCUGUUCAACGAGUUCCGGCUGCAGGAGAACCUGCACUCGCUCGACGAGAUACUGAAUGCCAUAAUCAACUCGGACGGGAUGUCGUUCAACGAUCUGAAACCGAUCUACAAGGAGUUCCUGCUCAAGCUGGCCGUCACGCUGACGAAGGACGAGCUGUACCAGCGCUCGAAGAGCAUCAUGCGCCGGCAGAAGAAGAAAAAGCUGAAGCGAAGAAACAGUAAUGUGCAGAACCAGCGCCGAAAGCUGCUGAUCGGGGCCAAGGGGCUCCGGAAGGUGUUUCGGUUCGGUAAGUUUCGAAGCAAAAAGGGCGAACGCAGCUCGACCGGUAGCUCAGGAGCGGCUCACGGUGGAAACGGUGCAGCCGGUGCCGGAGGAAACGGGCGGGCGGGAGGCCACCAUGGCAACGGAGCGGCACGGGGAGGCACUGACGGAGGACACGGAACGGCGACGGUCGCCGGUGGAGGCGGUGGUGGUGGCCGGGCACAUCAGCUCGCGGACCAGCUAUCACUGGAUCUUAAGGCAACCGGCAAGAAGGACCGAUCCCGAAUUGGAACUAGUGGUUCGGAAGUUUCAGAGGCUCGACAUGAGCAUACGCUGACAGCCCACAACAGGAACAGCUCGAGCGGCUAUGUAUCGUGCUCGGAGUGUAGCUACGACUCGGACGCCUGUACCUGUACCUCGGCCGACCGAUGCUACUGCAGUCUGGGUGGCGACGAUAUCAAUGCGAAGCUGCACCAAGCCAGCAACCGCAGCUCGGCACCGAGCUGCCGGAGCGAGGACAAGUGCUACUGCUCGAUGGGCGAGACGCCGAACGAGGACGGUUCGACGACCUGGUGCGAUACGGACAGCUGCAUCAGCAACGAGAAGUGCUACUGCUCGACGCGCCACGGCCAGCUGGCAAAGUGUGGCACCGGCGGAGCGGGUCACGGACAGGGCCAGUCGAAGCAGGCAGGCAAUAAGGGCUCGAAGGUGGAUAAGUUGGCCCUUGACUACGAGCUGUUCACGGUUGGUGGCGCUGGACGACCAGUGAAGGCUUCGGAGGCGCUCAGCGUCAAGAAGACGGUCGAGGUGGCGGCCGAGUUUGCGGACGUAAAGCUUAGCCAGACGACGGACAUCACGAACCUGAAGAGUGACCCGCAGUCGUCCAGUGCCACGUCGGGUGGAUCUUCGCUGGCAUCAACGACAAAAAAGUCCAGUACGGAUCAUCACCACCGUGGCAACGCAUCCGGACGCCAUCACGGCCAUAACCACCAUCACACGCACCAUCGCGACCAGGAGAACGAUCAAAAGCGCCUGAACACCGUUAGUGGCGGAGGUGGUGGCGCCAGUGGUGGUGGUGGCAGCAGCGGCAGUCUGCACUACCAUCGACACCACUACAGUACUAGCACCAAGAAGAAGUCGCUACCGGCCAUGCAACUGCCGGGCAGCGAAUACCAGUACAUCCACUCGACGCAGUCCGACCUGAUAGUGCGCAGCAGCAAGCACCAGGAGCUGAAGGGUGCGGCCAAGAGGCUGACCAAAUCGGAGAGCUACUACCAAGCCGGCCGCCCGGUUAGCUCCUCGCUUGGCCUGGAAGACUCGCUGGGUUAUCUGCCUUAA